AUGGAGCCUUGUGAACCUUGCACAUUGCAACAGCUAGUAAGUUUUUUCUCUGCAAAAUAUCGAAAUGAAAUCAAAUUUUUUAAAAUUUUCAGUGUAACGUAAAAAUGAUGGCUCAACUAACGGAUAUAUUUAUGAGGCGAAAAUUGAAGGAACCAGGACUACCAACACUCACUGCUUGGUUUUUUCGUAAUGCUCUCAAUAGAGUUACGUUUAACUCAAAGACACAAGAACAGUACAAAAGGGUAUGCGCUCACUUCAGAAGUUUCUUGCGCUUAGUAGAUUAUACAGAUUUUCCAUCUCUCAAAAAAGACAACACGUUUGAUGUUAGGGAAAUUGCCAUGUUUAUGGAGGAAAUGAAGCGGAAAGGUUGGUCAAUAUAUUUUGAAAAAUAAUAUAUUUCUUGAAGUUUUAAUCUGAAAUUUUUGAGGAUUUGUCGCGGUUCAACAGACGGGAAGAACGCAAAAGUGA